AUGGAUGUAAAAGGAAAGAAGAAGAAGCGAGGAGGUUUCAGAGAGGCUUUUGGAAAACUUGGAAAUCUUCGGUCUUUUUUACAAUCAGGAACACCAAUUGGAGCUGUUACUGGAACAGCAGACAAAACAACACAAGAUAUCAUCAAGACUACAUUGAGCUUAAAAAAUCCAUUGUCCAUUUACAUCAGUCCGAAUCGAAAAAAUUUGAGAUUCUAUGUGAAAAAAGUGAAGAAACAAGAGCAGUUGAAACACUUGGACUGGCUUACAGAAGAAAUAAAGAAAUCUGGAAAUUUGACUCCAAAAACAUUAAUUUUCUGUAACACUCUGAAUGAAAUUGCUACUGUUGUAAAUUAUCUCUGCUGCAAGCUUGAUGAUGGGUGUCACGAAAGACAAAAACAUAUUGGAAUAUACCACUCAAACUCUUGGGCAUCCAACAAAGAGCGGAUUCUUUCAUCCCUUAAAGGAAAUGGGACCAUUCGAGUUGUCGUCACAACCUCUGCUUUAUGCAUGGGAGUUAACUUUCCAGAUAUCCGUUAURUAAUUAAUUGGGGACCAGCAAGAUCAAUUGUUGACCAAAUGCAAGAAGCUGGAAGAGCUGGAAGAGCUGGACGGGAUGGAGAAAUGACGCACAUUAUAAUAGUAUAUCAUGGACAACAAAUUGGACCAUGUGAUCCAGAAAUCAAGGAAUUUGUGAAAUCCUGUGAUUGUCUAAGGGUUGCUGGAUAUUAUCAUUUAGACCCAGAAAUCAACCCUUCCAUACCUUCACAUAACUGUUGCUCAAAUUGUGCAUCGCUGUGUAAUUGUUUAGGUGACAGUUGUAGCUAUGAGGCAAUGCCGUUUGAAAUGCCUAUGAAUACAGACAAGAGCCCUAAAAGCAUCACUGGACGGCACAGAACUGUGACAUCACAAGAUAAAGAGGAUUUACAAAAGGCACUGGAAGAAAUUGUUACAGAAACAACAUGUAAGAGUACCACUUUACUUGGUUCAAGUUGCUUUUCACAGGAACUUAUUGAUGACAUUGUUGACAACUGUGAAUAUAUAUUUACAUUGUAUGACAUCUCAAGUAAGUUUCCAGUAUUUUCCUUAAGUCAUUCUCUCAAGAUAUUAGAAGUUAUUCAAGAAAUUUUUUUGGAUAUUCCAGACUUAGAAGAAAUAUUAGCGUGUUUAAAUCUCCAUGACUCUGUUGAACGUGUACUGUUGGAUCCUCUGUUUGCUAUUGAAGAUGAAUGUAGUAUUGAUGAACUCUUCAAUGAGCUAGAAGUUUAG